ACGCUCCCAAGCGUCCCCACGGCCUAUUCUCGAAACGCUGAUUGCAUUCAAUCAACAACCGCAGGCCACCUUCUGUGCUUCCGCCGCCCGACUCGAGCUUUCCGACCGUGGUGUCCGAUGACGCCGCCUCGCCCGGCGAAGCCGCCGCUUCUUCGGAAGUUGCCGCCGCCGCCGCCACCGUCGCCGCAAUGGCCGCAGUUGGCCUCGACGUCACGGCGCUCAACGGCGAGCUCGGGCUGCUCGGAGUCGCAGUCGUCGCAGCGGCGGUGGCAGGGUCGGCGGACGACGCGGGCGCCUUUGGCGGCGCGGUGCGCGCCAUCGGCGGCGCAGCCAACGGCAUGCUCUCCCUCUCCGCAGAGGCCCUCGCGGCUUCGGUCGGGGAUGCCCCAGGCACCGCCACCGCUCGAGGCAGCACCAGCGAUGCUGCAACCGCAGCCGAGGCGGCGGCGGAGGCGCUCGGCGCUGUGACGGCGCCGCGGCUCGACGGCACAAGCUCCUCGGCGCUGGACGCCGUCGCCCGCUCAGCGGAGGCGGCGCUGGUCGCCCGAGCCGCUGCAGAGGCGGCUGCGGCAGAGGCCGAGGCGGCCGAGGCGGCGGCGGCGCUGGAGGAGGCGCAGGCGGGCCUCACCGCGCUGAUCCGCAGCGGAGGCGGCGUCGGCCGCGGUGGCGCCGAAGAGGCGGAGGAGGCGGAGGAGGCGGAGGCGGAGGAGGCGGAGGAGGCGCCGCAAGGAGUGGCGGAGGAGGAAGUUGAGGAGGCGCCCGAGGCGGUGAAGGAGGCGGAGGCGGAGGCGGCCCCGGCGGAGGAGGUGGCGGACGAGGCAGCGGCGGGUGGCGGCGCGCGUGUGGGCGGCGCGCUGCAGGUGGCGGGCGGCGGGCUGCAAGUCUCGCUCCGCGGCUUGCCCGACUCGGUGGCUGCGUCGCGGCUCCUCUUCCACUUCCCAGAGGCGGUCGCCAUCGUCGAGGCCUUCGCACCCGCAACGAGCCGGACUACCGGCGAGGCGCGCCGCGAAGUGCUGCUCGUGCUGCGCCAGGGGCAGCGGCUCAGCGGCGGCGCCGUCGCGCUGCGCGCCGCGGCGGCGACGGGCGCGGCAGGCUUGCGCGCGGCUGCGGUGCUGCAGCCGCGCCGGGAGCAGGCGAGCGGCAAGGUGCGUUUUGUGAUCUGGCGGAGGCAGCCCGUCACCGUUCGCGACGAGUUCGCGUUGUGAAGUAUGAGACUCAGGUUGUGAGGCAGCCACCAGGCUGUGCGGCCGCACGCUACCACGGCCCGGAAAGGGAGCUGGAGACUCUUUCGUUGUAUACGACUCUUGCGGCCGGCCCCUGCCCUCCGCCUCCGUUCAUUGUUAUGCUGAGUUCACGCGGGUUGUUUGUCGGGUUGUAACUAUGCCCGAGGCCGAGCGGGUGGUUUGUUCAUUGUGUGCGUCAGCGUGUUUGUCGCUUGCCGCUUUGCUUUCGUCUUUCGGGCUCGCCGCGUCGCCCCAACGGAGAACGAUUUUUCUCAUUUUU